UCAGAGGCUGGACUGUGUGCGGACGGUUUCCCCUGACCGGCUGGAAAAAUAGGAAAAGAAACAACCCAACAUUAGUGACUUUGUGCAAAGGAAGGUCUGCACACCACAGCAAGCGGCUGCAUUGACUGAUGGUAUUCUGAAUAUGUUGGUAACUGACAUGAGGCCACUAUCAAUGGUGGAGGAUGAAGGUUUUAGACAAAUGAUUCACGUCCUCAACCCUGGUUACACUCUUCCCUCGAGGACCCAUUUUACCAAACUGAUGGAGAGGAAGUACGAGCAGACAUUCCAAGCAGUGAAGACUGACAUAAAAGCCACCCAGAGCAAAAUUGCUCUCACUACUGAUGUGUGGACAAGUGUAGCCACGGAAGCCUACCUUGGCAUUACAUGCCAUUACAUUGGAGACGAAUGGAACAUGAAGUCAAUCUGCCUUACGACCAUGCCACUAGAGGAAAGACAUUCAGCAUCCAACAUUGCAGAAUGGUUGGGAGAGGUAGUAGCCAGGUUUGAAAUUCCCCCAAGCAAAAUUAUUGCUAUUGUGCAUGACAAUGGUGCCAAUAUUGUGGCUGCAGCAAAAGUACUUGAGGAGAAGCAUGGGUGGUCUUCAGUCCGCUGCGCUGGACACACCUUGCAGCUGGUGAUCAAUUCUUCACUGAAGCACACAAACAUUGAAAAAGCAGUUGGGGCUGCAAGAUGUCUCGUGGAACACUUCAGAAAAAGUGAGCUAGCCUGCAACAAACUGAGACAAAAACAGCAACAAAUGGGAACAACUCAGCACAAGCUUGUUCAGGAUGUAAGCACUAGAUGGAACAGCACAUUUUAUAUGAUUAGCCGACUGCUUGAGCAAAGGUGGCCUGUAACUGCCACGCUGUCUGACUCGACUGUUACACAGAGAGGCAAACGGUACCUUGACUUAAAAGUCGACCAGUGGAGCCUACUUGAAGAGCUUUCCACAGCCCUUAAACCCUUUGAAUGUGCCACUGUGUUUAUGAGUGGGGAAAAAUACACGACAAUCUCUGCAGUACCUCCACUUGUGAAGGGGCUAGUGAAGUCCACCCAGACUGUUGUCUUCGAGUCAGCAGCAGUGCAGGCUUUCCAAGUCACUGCUACAGAGCAGCUUCAACAGCGAUGGAAGAAGGAGACUACAUUCUCUGACACAGCACCGAACACGGUGAUCCUCUCCUCUGCCCUGGACCCGAGGUUCAGAAAACUGAAGUUUCUGACGCCUGAGCAGGUCUUUAAGGUGCAAGCCAAAGUGCAAACAGAGGCAUUCGAAGUGAGAAGGGAUCAUCAGCAGCAGUGUGACGGUGUCCAUGAGCAAACCAGUGUCACCUCCACCACUACUGUAGCUGCUCCUGCACCUACAACUCCUCUUUCUUUACUUGACUCACUCCUUGAUUCUGAAACCAGCAGUGAAGAAGAGCAUAGAGAGGGGGAAGGUGAGGAUCCCAAUAGCCAAGUGAGGAACGAGGUCCUCACAUACUUUGGAGAGAAGCCCCUUCCCAAGGAAGAAAAUCCAUUACAUUGGUGGAAGGCUAAUGAGAAUAGAUAUCCCACCUUGGCCAGGUUAGCAAAGUCCUACUUAUGCAUUCCUGGCACCUCAACACCAUCUGAGCGCCUCUUCUCUGCAGCAGGCAACAUCGCUUCCAAGAAGAGAGCCAGCCUUAGCCCAGAGCAUGUGGACAUGCUAACAUUUUUGCAUUGCAAUGCACAGUUUCUUGUAAGUCAGUGAGAAUGAGGGUGUUCCUGCAGAACCAUUCUUUCAUACUCCAAUUCUACCUCCAUGGCCUGUUGUUAAAGAGCCAUUUGGCAAAGCCUGUGAAACACUUGGUUUGUGUUAUAUGUUUUUCUUUGUUAUUGAAACUGUUCUUCAGCUAAAUCACCUCCCUUUUUUAAACUGAAGACUUGAACAGGUUAUUGUUUGAGAAUGAUUGGAAAGGCCUCCUAUGUGAAAUUUGUCAAAACAUACAUGUGUUUUUCUUAACUGUUAAACGUUCAGCUACAAACAGAAGUGCACUUUAUACAUUUUAUUAUUAUUUUUGUUAUUUAUUUUAUAAGGUUUUUAUUUAAUUUAUUUGGCUCCUUUUAAAAGGAAGACUUUAAAAGGGUUUUUGUGUUGAGAACAAAUGUAAAUGUUAUGUGCACUUUAUAAAAAAACAAUUUUUGUAACAUUUGCUUUGUUUUAUUUGGCAAGUUGUUUGAAAGAACAUGGUACAAGAAGACCAGUAUGCUGUUUUUUGAAUAAAAUACUGGAAAGGAUAGAAAUGUAGUUAUUGUCUUUUUAUCCGAUUAAUAAUCGAUUAAUCGAAGUAAUAUUCAACAGAUUAAUCGA